AUGUCAGCUUCAUCCAAUGCUGCCAAACAUAGAACAUUGAUGGCUGCCAUCGGUGAUGAAGAUACCGUCACAGGUAUUUUGCUUGCAGGUAUUGGCCAGGUUACAAGUGAGCCAGGUAAGGAGAGAAACUUUUAUGUUGCUUCGGAGAAUACAAAAAUGGAGGAAUUAGAGCGAAAGUUUGAUGAAUUCAUAAACAGGGAUGAUGUUGCAAUUCUUCUUAUAAAUCAGUUUUUGGCGGAUAAAAUAAGGGUUCUCAUAGACACAUACACCAAACCAUUUCCAGCUAUUCUCGAGAUUCCUUCAAAGGAUCAUCCAUAUGAUCCGGAAAAGGAUUCCAUAUUAAGAAGGUUGAGGAGACUAAUGGGAGAAUGA